GGUUUCUUGCUUGAUCGUCAGUCUGUUUAGUCGAACCGCAGCAUUCGCUCCCAACGUCGUCAGCUGCUCGGACUAUCGUAGAGAGUUUAAUUUUUGUUCUUUUCCCUAAGUUUCUUAAUCCCAAACCAUAACCAUGUCCGAUGAAGAGGAGUACACUUCCGAGGAGGAGGAGGAGGUUGUCGAGGAGACCAGAGAAAAGCCACCUCAAACACCAGCCGAAGGUGAGGGAGAUCCAGAAUUCAUUAAACGUCAGGAUCAAAAGCGCUCCGAUCUCGAUGACCAACUGAAAGAAUACAUCAAUGAAUGGCGUAAACAGCGCGCAAAGGAAGAAGAUGAGUUGAAGAAACUCAAGGAAAAACAGGCCAAGCGCAAGAUCUCGCGUGCCGAAGAGGAACAAAAGAUGGCGCAACGCAAGAAGGAGGAGGAAGAGCGCCGCGUACGCGAAGUUGAGGAGAAGAAGCAGCGCGAAAUCGAAGAGAAACGCCAGCGUCUUGAGGAGGCCGAGAAGAAGCGCCAAGCUAUGCUGCAGGCCAUGAAGGACAAGGACAAGAAGGGACCCAAUUUCACUAUUGCCAAGAAGGAUGCAGGCGUGUUGGGACUCUCAUCCGCCGCUAUGGAGCGUAACAAGACUAAGGAACAGUUGGAAGAGGAGAAGAAAAUCUCGUUGUCGUUCCGCAUUAAGCCUCUGGCCAUUGAAGGUUUCAACGAUACCAAACUGCGCGAGAAGGCCCAAGAACUGUGGGAACUCAUCGUCAAAUUGGAAACUGAGAAGUAUGACUUGGAAGAAAGGCAGAAACGUCAGGAUUACGAUUUGAAAGAGUUAAAGGAAAGACAGAAGCAACAGCUCAGGCACAAAGCCUUGAAGAAGGGUCUCGACCCCGAGGCUUUGACUGGCAAAUACCCGCCCAAAAUUCAAGUCGCCUCCAAAUAUGAGAGACGUGUUGACACCCGCUCAUAUGACGACAAGAAGAAGCUCUUCGAGGGUGGCUGGGAAGAAAUCGGCAAAGAGGUGAAUGAGAAGAUCUGGAACGAGAAGAAGGAUCAAUACGUUGGCCGCCAGAAAUCCAAACUGCCCAAAUGGUUCGGCGAACGACCAGGCAAAAAGACCGGCGAACCCGAGACACCCGAAGGCGAGGAAGACGCCAAGGCCGAUGAGGAUAUCGUCGAGGAAGAAGAGGAAGUCGAGGAGGAAGUUGUCGAAGAAGAGGAUGAGGAAGCCGAAGAAGAGGAAGAAGAAGAGGAGGAAGAAGAGGAAGAAGAGGAGGAGGAAGAAGAAGAGGAAGAAGAAGAGGAGGAGGAGGAAGAAGAAGAAUAAAUUAAUUUAACUACAUUUAAUAAAAUUUAAAAACAAAGAAAAUAGUUAUUAUUAGCUUAUUCGAUCAACCAAAAAAAUAAAACAAAAAAUAACGAGCGAAAAUCAGCAAGUUUUGCAGUUAAAAAAAAUGAAAAGAAAAAACUGCACACAUUGUCAAAGUUCCUCUCUCACUCAACUCAAACUCACUCUGACACAAUUACUACUGAUUAUUCACUCAGUCGAACACCCAUACAAACAACUAUGACAACACGAACGCAUUCUCGCUCUCUCUCUUUGUCUUUUUAUAGAAACACAAGAACAAAAACAGCAAAAAAAUCAACAAAAAACCAAAAAGAAUUGUUCAAAUUGUUUGUAAUAAAUCUUUGAAAUUGAGAUGAAAAUCUGAAAUCAGACUAAUAUGAUAAUUGCAUACACAUCUACAUACACAUAUAUAUAUAUACACAUAUAUAUUUAAAUAUAUAAUGUCCAAGUAGCAGAAAAUGGUGUAUAGACACAACUUAUAAACUAUUUGUAAGUGGAAAAAACAACGAGAACAACUAGAACAUGAAUACACAACUCUCUCUUGAUAUUCCUUUUUCAUUUAA